UAUUUCCUGGCACGGAUCCUUCAAAUCGAUCUCGCUAUCGAUCAGUCUUUGGAGAAAUCCGAGCAGCAAGCUAUCCGCCAGCGAAUCUUCCGCCAUUUGGAGAUCGCCGCCAACACAAGCCACACAAUGUCACAGUUCCACUUGACCCAGUGUUAUUAUCAAGGUGUCGGGGUCGACGAAGACCACACCAAAGCUGUCGAUAUGUUUCGCAGUCUUGCAGAAUGUGGAAUGGCACAAGCCCAAGUUGCUCUCGGUCGAUGCUUUGAGAGCGGCGAGGGUGUCGAUCAAGACUAUAGCACAGCCAUCGAAUGGUAUUCCAAGGCCGCCGACCAGGGCAGCGAGGAUGGUCGACUCCAUAUCUUUUGGAUCGGAAUGUGCCACCGCCAUGGUGGAGGAGUAUCGAAGGACUACGAGAAGGCAUUCGAGUGGUUCGGCAAGUCGGCAAACCAGCACAACUCAUACGGAGAGUGGAUAGUUGGCUUUUGCUGCUACCAUGGAUAUGGUGUCAUCAAGGACCACACCAAGGCAGUCGAGUGGUAUCGCAAGUCUGCCGAGCAGGGCAAUCGAUACGCACAAGAUUGGCUCGGCCACUGUUACCACGGUGGCAGAGGUGUCCCUCAAGACAUCGACACCGCCAUUUUCUGGUACCGCAAGUCGGCCGACCAUGGAUGGCCUUAUGCCAUCAAUAGCCUCAAAGAACUCGGUAAGUGGCCUUGA